AUGCUUACCGACGAGCAGUCGGGGCGCUCGCGGUUGCCCCCAAUGGCUUCCUCCCCUCCUCCACCCAAACGAUACAAGUCAGAGUCCACAACGGCUAGCGAUGCAGGCCGUCCACGAUAUUACCACUCCCAGUCGGUGGCCUCGAGCGAUCGGUACCACUCCCAAUCCGUUGCUCCCAGUGAGCGCCCCAGCGAACGCCCCCGCCCACGACAGACCUCCACCGCGAUGGACAUCUAUGUGAUUACAGAUCGAGACCCCUCCGAGAGAGAUCGAAGGGUAGGGCGCUUUACAAGCAAUGGCUCGGUCGCGUCGCAUUCAUCCCAAGUCUCACACGCCUCUCGCUCCUCUCCACCUGUCAUCAUAUCAAAUCGAAAAAUCCCCGAAAAAUACCCCAGCUAUAAAGAGAAUGGUCGAAUGUACCACGGCUACCGGAAAGGCAUCUACAUGAUGCCCUGCGACGAGGAGGAACAGGACCGCCUCGAUAUCUUCCACAAACUCUUCACCGUGGCCCGUGUAUCGGAUGGUCUGAUCUAUGCACCACAUCCCAGCAACUCCCGAAUCUUAGACCUCGGCUGCGGCACCGGAAUCUGGAGCAUUGAAGUCGCCAACAAAUAUCCCGACUCCUUUGUCGUUGGCGUCGACCUUGCUCCGAUCCAACCACAAAACCACCCAAAAAACUGUGAUUUCUACGCCCCAUUCGACUUUGAGAGCCAAUGGGCCAUGGGAGAGGAUUCUUGGGAUCUGAUUCACAUGCAGAUGGGCAGCGGCAGCGUUGCCAGUUGGGCCAGUCUAUAUAAGCGCAUCUUCUCUCACUUGCGCCCGGGUGCCUGGUUCGAGCAAGUGGAGAUCGAUUUUGAACCGCGGUGCGACGACCGGUCUUUGAGCGGGCUUGCUCUGCGUCACUGGUACCAAGCAUUGAAGCAUGCCACCGAAUCGACCAUGCGCCCGAUCGCCCAUAGCUCCCGCGAAACGAUCCGCAAUCUUCAAGAAGCUGGCUUCACCGAGAUAGACCACCAGAUGGUGGGCCUGCCUCUCAACCCGUGGCAUAACGAUGAACACGAGCGUAAGGUCGCCCGCUGGUAUAAUCUGGCCAUCUCCGAGAGUGUCGAGGCGCUCAGCCUGGCGCCCUUUAGCCGUGUACAUGCCUGGCCAGUGGAAAAGAUCAAGCGCAUCGCGGCGGACGUCAAGACAGAAGCCUUCAAUAAGGAACUUCACUGUUAUAACAUCUUGCAUAUUUACCAGGCGCGCAAGCCGCUGGCGAAUUAA